GCCUCGCGUUGCUCUCCUUGCGCCUCUGGAUUCUCCUUCCCAUACUCGUUCGUCCAUACUGUCUCCUACCUUGCUCCUUGUGCUGUCGCGCCUGACACCCCCCCCCCCCCCCCCCCCCCCCCGGCGGGCGCGCGCGCGUCUCUCGUCCUGGCGCUCCGCACGAAACAGUACUGAAAUAUCAGAGUUUCAAAUUGACCAGAAAUCUGCUUAAUGAAGGCAUAAUUGGGAUUUUGUCGGGCCAAAGGUUCAUAAUCUGUAGUACACAUACAGAUUCCACACAUAUGGCUAGCCAAAUCUCUGGUACCAUAACAUCUAGUGGGGUGUGCUAUAAUGAUAAACACAGAAUGCCAUGUAAGCUGAAAGGACUACAUUGUGUAGCAUCGAAUUGUUUACCACAAGAGGUAGAGGUAAGGAAGUGGAUGAAUGGAUAUCAUAUCAUCCGGUCCUAUCCAAACGAUAGACAUCGGAAAACGAAUGCGAAGUCCAAUGGUUACCUGCUCCAACAAGGUCUGAAUCUUCGGUGCCUUUCUUAUGGUUCUCGUAGUAGCAGUGAAACUAAAGAGUGCACUAGUCCUGAAGAUGGCAAUAAUCCUUACAGGGGUUUUGAUGAGCAUCCAAGAGGAAUGUCACAUUUUUCAGAUAGUCAAGCUGCAGCUCAGAAAAAAACACUCUAUUCUACUCAAGGGCUGUCUAAAGCGUGCGAAUUUGUCUAUAAUGAUGCAAAGUUUGUGAAUGAAAGAGCUCAGAGUGAUAUUCUUUUGCUUUCACGUGGAAUCACAAGGUUGAACAAACGUGCAUCUAAGGAUGUUGCUGUAUUAGGUUUGGGGUUUCUCAAGCUUGAUGAUUCCCUGAAAGCUCGUGCAAGGAAGGACACCCAAAAGAUUGACAACAGUGUGAAGGAACGGGCAGCCCACCUGACAAAUUUUGCUAGAAUAUUGAAGGAGCGAGCUCAUUCGGACUUGAAGAAAGCAGCAGAUCAACAUUGGAGUGAUGGAGCUUUGGAGGCAGAUCUGCGACGAGCUGACAUGGUUGUUCGACGACGUGCCAUGGAGGAUGCUUUCAUGGCUUUAAAGUUUGUUCGGGAUAUUCAUGACAUGAUGGCAACCAAACUACAAUAUCAGUUCAUCACACUCGAGAAAAAUGGGAAGAUUCUUAAGUUGUUCCCUCGUGAAGUUUCUACUGAUCAAAUCGCUGCCAUAGAGGAUGCAUAUCUUAAUAUGGCAUCUGCCUUAUCUGAGGCUGAUGGUAUCGACUACACCAAUCCCGAGGAGCUUGAAUUAUUAGUAGCGGCUCUUAUUGACCUGGAUGCCAUGGAUGGGAAAAAGAGUGUUUCCUUGAUAGUUGAAUGUUCAAGUUCUCCAGAUGUUAAUACCAGGAAAGCUUUGGCUAAUGCAUUGGCUGCCGCUCCAUCCAUGUGGACCCUAGGGAAUGCUGGGAUGGGCGCAUUACAGAGAUUGGCUCAAGAUUCCAAUCCCGCUGUAGCUAGCUCUGCAGCAAGAGCCAUUGGUGAACUCAGAAAGCAGUGGGAGCUUGAAGAGGGUGACAGUCUGAGGUUUGUCAUGAACCAAAACUUGGUUUCCGAUGAGACUGAUGAUGACAGUUGAGUAGCAGAGAUGGUAUCACCACGUGAGGUGUAAAUCAGAUGAAUGACUCAACUAAAGAUCAAUGAACCUUCCACUGUAACACGUACAGACUGUAAUAGGAACCGAAAAAAGUGUAACUAAGUCGACUGCAUUUCUGUGUGUUCCGUCGCAGCAUAAAAUGGUUUGCUUGUUGACUACCUCACGAGAAGGCAUGUCUAUGAUAUCUGGUAAGUGCUAAACAAAUGGGAAGUGGUGCAAUGAGAACUCA